GUGUGUGUGUCCCCCCCACAGUGUGUGAUUUGGGAAGCGGUGAAUCCUGACGGAACAUGGGAUUAAUGAGCAGCUGUUGGGUUUUGGCUGUGCUCGGGAUUGUCACAGCCCCGGGAUUUCCCUACUUCCCGGAGUCCGGGGACAGAUCGCCAUUCAUCUUACACAAGCUGUGCAUGUUCUGCGACGUCAUGCCUACUAAUUGCAGCAACAGUGGCACGUGCAAAAGCAAGUGCGACAAGACCUCUAUCUGCGCGGAAGAUGGUGAAGUCUGCGUAUCCAUCUGGAGAAAGCAAGAUAACAAUACGAUUGUGGAAACGCUGUGCCAUCAUCCGUCACGACGCCUGCAUGGCCACUUGCUGGAUGACUACAACAAUACUAAAUGUUUGAUGAAGAAGAAGGAAGACGAGUUCUACAUGUGCUCGUGCUCUGAGGAUGAAUGCAAUGACAUUCUGGAUUUCUCAACUGAGCCCAAAGGAGAUGAGCACCAGUGGAUGAAGGUUAUAAUGAUCCUCAUGACCCUGCUCAUUCUCGCUAUUGCGGUCAUCGUGGUCUUUUACUGGUACCGGGUGCAGAGAAGGAAGAAGCUGAACAAGGAGUGGGCGAAGGAGCGCAAACACAAGUCCGGCCGCCACAUUCACCGCAGCGAUGGCUGCACCAUUAACCUCAAAGAUGAUCAGUCAGACAUAAGCUCCACCUGUGCCAACAACAUCAAUCACAACACUGAGCUGCUGCCCAUCGAGCUGGAUGUGGUGGUGGGCAAGGGCCGCUUCUCUGAGGUGUACAAGGCCAAGCUGAAGCAGAACGCCUCAGAGCAGUUCGAAACGGUGGCGGUGAAGAUUUUCCACUUCGAUGAGUACGCCUCGUGGAAGAACGAGAAGGACGUGUUCUCCGACGUCAAUCUGAAGCAUGAGAAUGUGCUGCAGUUCCUGACGGCGGAGGAACGCGACACGGAGAUGGGCAAACAGUACUGGCUGAUCACAGCCUACCACACCCAAGGCAACCUGCAGGAUUACUUGAUGCGUCACAUCAUCAGCUGGGAGGACCUGUGCCUGCUGGGCGCCUCGCUGGCCAGGGGCAUCGCCCACCUCCACAGCGAAUACACCAUGUGCGGGAGGCCCAAAAUCCCGAUUGCUCACAGGGACCUGAAAAGCUCCAACAUUCUUGUGAAAAACGACAUGACCUGUUGUUUGUGUGACUUUGGAUUAUCUUUGCGGCUGGAUUCGUCACUCUCGAUGGAUGAUUUAGCAAACAGCGGACAGGUUGGGACAGCCAGAUACAUGGCACCUGAAGUGCUAGAAUCCAGAAUGAACUUGGAGGACAUUGAGGCAUUCAAACAGUCUGAUGUCUACUCGAUGGCAUUAGUCCUGUGGGAGAUCACAUCACGCUGUACAGCUAUAGGGGAAGUCAAAGACUACGAGCCUGCCUUUGGUUCCAAGGUGCGGGAACACCCCUGUGUGGAAAGCAUGAAGGAUGUUGUACUGAGAGACCGGGGAAGACCUGAGAUCCCCAAUAGCUGGAAUAAUCACCAGCUUGUACAAUUGGUGUGUGAAAUCAUUAUCGAAUGCUGGGACCAUGAUCCGGAGGCCCGACUGACAGCGCAGUGCGUAGUGGAGCGCUUCAAUGAUCUAGAACAGAUGGACAAACUCUCUGGUCGGAGCUGCUCCGAGGAAAAAAUCCCAGAGGAUUGUUCUGUCAGUGAGACCAAGCAAGACCUAAGGGCGGUCACUGUGGUGUAGAGGAUCGGGAACAGGGGCAAAAAAAAAACCAGAAGAAGCAGUCAUGUAAAAGACAAGAGGGGACAGACUGACAGAACGCCUGCUUCACUUCCUCUGUGAAUGAAAGUCCUGCAUCACUUCCUGAUUGACACGUGUCCUUCUUCAGGGAGACAAUGAUAUUGUGGGAACUAAAAAGGAAAAAGCAAGUCGUCUGACUUUAUCAUAGGAUUGGCCAUUCUGACCAGCAGUUGCUCAGGAAACCAAAGAUUCCAUCACAUAACCAUUGUCCAAUGCACUUUAUUGGUAUAUAUAGAUAUAUACUCGGAGAUAUCAAGUAGGCCUGUUUAUAACUAUGUAAAGGCGCUUGUAUGCAAUGAUGACUGGCCAUUUGAAAAUGUCACCAAGAUAUUUUUACAUCUGUUUAUUCAUUUAUUGGGACGUCCUCCCGAUGUGAAAGGCGCUAUACAAAUGUAAUCUUGUUGUUCAUGCAUUUGUUACAAAAUAGGAACUAGCCCAUCCAUUUAGUGCUUGCCACAUCUAGUCUGUGUGAAGUAGGAACAGAGAGAUUGGUGCAAUGUACUUUGAAAAACUGAAGACAAGCACAUUCACAGAUAGUGGGAAUAGUUGGGGUGCAGGAGGGCCUCUGGAUAGAAUUAAAGCAGAGACCCCUAAAUUACUCAUGGCCUUAGUCUUAAGCCCAUAGCCUUAGAAAUUAAGGUGAUUGUGCAGAAUUUUAGAAUUUGUUUAAUUUCAUGAUCAUUUGGAAGCCAGUUUUACACAGUUCUCAUUGAGACUUAUAGGAAAGUCGCUUUCCUCAUUAGGCCUGAAUUGGAAGAAAUUUCCAAAAUUCUGCAUGAUCUUAAUGGUUGUAAGGCUAAGACCAUGGGGGGCUUUCGGGCCUCUUGUUGUGAUGAGCUGGGCCCUACACAGA